AGAGGACAAAAUAUUGAAAAUGAGUUGCAAAAACGUAAAGGGCACUACAUAGAGCUUAUUAAACAGUUAUUGAAGGAGACAAAGAAGGAGGAAGAAAGAAGCAAUAGUACUAGAGUCAUGGUAGUAGAAGAGGUUUGAUAAAGUGUUUCUGAAGACAAAGUUCACGUUUCUCCUUAAGGAUUGCUAAGACUUCGGCUGGAUGGAGAAGAUGUAGGCGAAAUGCUGUCGAAUGGUUUUGUCGUACUUUGUGUGUGUGUGUGUGUGAAUGAAGUCUCUGUUGGUGCUGCAUGACUUGAAGUGACACUAUGUUCCCGAAUUGAGCUGUCGACUGUUCUGCAUUGUCCUUUUGACAAUCGUGCUGGUAAGUGUUCAUGGCGAUGUCUAGACAAUGUCCUGCUGGUACGGUCUAUGUAGCAAGCUCCAUGAGAACAGGUGAAUGGGUGAAUCCACAUUGAAGUUUCGAAGGAGGGGGUCUUGUCUUUAACGUUUCGGUGAAUAAGAGCAUGUGUGGAGAAGGUAUUAGAUGGGGAUGUAGCAUAAUACCUCUAAUAUUUAAGAAAGGUAUAGUGGUAACUUCUGUGCACAUGUAAGUCAUGCCGAUUUGUUUGAUCUUGCAUUUCAGUAAUUUCUCCCGGACUUUGAAUAAAUUCAGAGCAGAACAGGAAGGAUGGUCCGCAAUUUCUAAUUCGUCAUUGGAUGGUGAUCUUAUAGAAACGAAUUCGACAUUCGCUAGACAAAUCCAGUUAAAUCAAAGUGUCUCUUCUCCGUUUGAUGACAGUUAUACUACAACUCCUGAUAAGUGUAAUUCAGCAAAGUCACAAAGCGACCAAAUUGAUCUUCCUCUACAUCUUCCUAAUUCCUCUAGAGUUCAUUCACCAAAUUUCAGUGAUGAACCAUUGGUUUUGCCUUCGGCUACUUCAAGCGUGACUCACUCAAAGGAGCAUUCUGGUGUAAAUGGAACGCAAAAUCACGGAACACUAUCUGAAUGUAGUUCUUCCACUUCUGAUCCAUUCCAAGAAAACUGUUACCCCAGUAUUCUGAAAACAUCUAAUACAAGUCAUAAUAAUGUCCAUAAAACAAGCGCCGAAGCUCCUUGGGUAUCCAGUUUACCCACUAUUUCAUCUAUCGCGAAUGGUUUAAAGCAGGCUGUUGCGGAUGGAGAUCAUAUCCCCACAGAAUUUUGUUCAGAUAUAGAUGUGAUUCCCAAUAAUUCGCAUUUCGAUAAUUCAGACUAUUCUCAUGAUGGUAUAAGAUCCCAUGAAAUAGCUGAAAAUGUUUUGACUUUAAAUGAAAAUGAUGGCAUUAACAGAUCACAGAAAUUACGAACUCUGAAUGCCUGUAAAACUGGACCACAAAACGAUAAUGUUAUUAUUCAUUAUGCAGUUCAGGACAAUCACAGUGGUGUUCAACUGGAGGAUUCAUGCGACGGUGGUAUUGUUGAUAGUUUAGUAGCAUCUUCAUCAAAUUCUGCAUUGUGCACAAAUGAUUCAUCUGAUCUGGGAAUCAGUAAAGCGCUCAAUGAACUUUACUCUUCAGUGCAUCCAACUUUAUCUAGUGUACAGGAAUGCAAAAUUUUAGCACCUGUUCCAGCGUCAUUAUCUUCAAGUGACAUCAAUGUAUGCAGUGCAAGUACACAAAAGACUCCCGUUCAUCUAUAUGUUGGCCGUCAGUCGAAUACACAUAGGGGUUGCUCAAAUCACUUGUUAGAUAAUCAUAUGAAUCCAAAUUCCCUUGCUAGUCAAUCACCUGCAUCUUCAGGUAUUCAUAAUGGCGAUAGCAUGUUGAAUAGAAAUGAAAUACAUCAACCACGUGCUGUUGAUUCUCACACAAAUGGAAUAGCUGAUAGUGGCAAUUCACUUAGUCAGCAGUUCGAUGGGAUGUAUUGCAAUUUGGGUGACCACUUUUCUCUUCCAUUAAGUGAAGCAGAUAAACCACAUGGACCUUCAUCACACUUAAUUCAAUCAAAUGCUCCUUUUGCAACUACCAGGCAAUCAAAUCCAUGUGUUAAUCCUGUGUGUGAAACUUUUAUGGACGCGCAUAUGUUGGAAAGUUUGAGAUCACCUGGAAUCACCACCACCGAUUUAAAACAAGUGACGACCAGUUCCCAUUUUAAUCUCACACCAGUUUCUUCGCUUCUGCGUAGUAAAAACAAUGACGGACAAGAUCAGAGCAAUGCUUAUUUUCGACAGUUACCCAUCUGUAGAACCGAAGCUGUUGAGAGAUCUUCUUUCCCACCAGUGACCAGUUGCCUAAAUACUUUUCCUGCCCAACCUCUAUCAUUGGUCACUCAUUCAUGUUUGAAGAAGCCCAAACGUCAGUGUUUAUUGGAGAAAAGGUCACGUAUACUCACAUCAAAUGAGAGUUCAUACCAAGCAACUGUUUGCGAUAGCAGUACUGACAAUAUUUCUAUCCCAGGCAUAUUUAACGAGACGGCCAAAAGCAGUGCGAAACCAGUACGUAACCUAGUAGGACGUGUAAAUUCUGUUACAGCCAAUAAAAUACCGAGUACUGGUUGCAGUGAUAAUUACUCAGUUGUCAGUCAGCAGUCAUAUGUUACAAAUUCCUCCAAUUGCUUCGUUUUCAACUCUGAAUCAAUGAUUGGCGGUGAACUGGAUGAUGCUAGUGAUCAAUCAGAAUCACUCAGUACUGGGACAGGUCGAGGAGUUAGAGGUAAUACUCCUGUAUCAUCUUUGGAUGAAGUUGAACAGCAUCAUCUAAAACUAGAAAGGAAACGUGCUCGUAAUCGUGUUGCCGCACGUCGUUGUCGAGAACGAAAAAUAACGCUCAUCAAGUCAUUAGAAAAUCAAGUGGCUGAACGUGAUGCCCAGGUAAAGAGCUUGGAGGACAUGCUUGCACGCUAUAGGUCCGAAGGUGAACGUCUAAGACUCCAUAUGGAGAUGCUAGCUACUUCCUAUCCUAGUCUCAAAGGUGAAUUACAUCGAUUUUCAUUCCUGUUUCAAUCACCAACCACGCAACAACAGCCAACUCCACCACAACAGACAAACCCCAACCAAAAUACUUCAAUGAAAUCAGAACUUCCAGAUACACCGUAACCGCAUUUCACAUGAAGAAUCAUGAGGUAAACUACUGCCAAUAUGAUUGGUUCUUUACUGAACUGAACAUCAUAGAAACCCAGAAAUGUCUUUUUUUUAAAUUCGUCACUUUUCCUAUUGCAACGUUUUCGGUUUAUUGGUUUUCGAAAUGGCAUUUCAUUUGUUGGCCAUGUUUUUCUCGUUUUUUUUGUUAUAACGAUUUCCAUAAAUUUUUUUGAUUUUCUACUCUUUUUAUGUUGGAAGUACACAUGAAUCACUUAUUCACACAUAAGUCGAUUUGUCAUCCAAAGUUUUUCUUAUCCUUUCAGUAUCCUUCAAUCUGACCCCCUUUCUCUUCACAUUCACAUCUGUUCUAUUAUCCUCGUCCCAUUUUCUCUUAUAAGUCAUCAUUAUCUUGGGAUACCAGUUUUGUGACUUUUUCAAUUAUGUUGUAUUAUCUAGCCCAGAGUGUUAAUUUUCUUUUUGCUUUUACUUCUGAUAAUGAUAAUAAGGCUGUUUUGUUAGCGAUACUUUAUGCGCCUUUUCAUAAUUAGGUAUUUUGCUUUCAUUGUUCACAUUAUCACUGUCAGUUAGAGGAACAAUUUUUUCCGAUCUUGAGAGCAGUGUCUAUUUUUCUACCAUUCGACACUGACUUGUAUAUACUGUUGCUAUUGUUUUCUCUUUUCACCAUUUCUCUGUUUCAUUUUUCAUUGUCACCCACACAGACACAAAAUUGCCUUUACGACAUCUAUAGGAAAUUACCUCUCACUUUCCAGAGGUUCCUACUAACCCGGUUCAUAAAUGACGAUAUAAAGCAACAUUUUGCACCUUAUAUCAUCUCUUUUCUUCAGACUCUGAAAUGACUCAAUUCCCUCAGAAUUCCGCCUAUGCCUUUUGUUGCUGCCAGUUUGUUUCAAGUGCUUUUUGAUUUUUUUUUCUAUGUGUGCAAUGAUUGCUUAAGCUAUUUUGUACUUAAACCCUUAUGCAUACAGGUACACGUAAGUGUAAAAACUUUCUGUGCUUAUGACUAAACACAUCUUGAGUUCGAAGUUGACUCAUUAUAAUUUUCUCCCGGUUUGUGUUGGAAUAUUACGUGCCUUCCUUGUUGCUGAGGUAUUGAUAGUUUUUUACUAGUUGAUUGCUGGAUAGAGGUUUUUAUACAUAAGAAAGAAGAAACAGUUAGGCAGUGCAUAAAUGUCUGUAUAUUGUCUUGCAUUUAUUCUUCCACAAAGUUUUCUUAUAUAAGCAGGUACAACUAUUUUCCACUGAAAUGCUCAUUUUUUUACGACACUUUUCUAAUUCAUACAUAGCGCCGUUUAAUAUAUAUAAUAUAUAUAUAUAUAUAUAUACAUAUAUAUGCGAACAUAUUUAUCAGAUUGUUCUUUUUUCUAUACUACUGCAUCCCUACUUCGUUUCGUUGUCUUUUUGAUUCUAUAUUCAUUCAGAGAUUCACUUUUAUCUGUUCCCAAUCUUCUCUCCUAUAUCUUUUUGUGGGCUGCAUACUACAUCUGGCUGGAAUUUUCGGUGAACUGAACAACGAUUUCUUUUAUAUGGAUUUGUUCUUUUUUAUGUUUUGAAUGAAAAGAAUGACGACGUGUCAGAUGCAGAAGGUGUUUCCUUUAUUCUUUUUCUAUUACCAUUAUCGUUUUUUCUCUCUGAUGUAUCAAGGAUGUGAAUAUCUUCGAAACAUUUUUCCAUACGUGUCUUCUUACCGGUUUUUUUUUAAAAAUAUUUUAUUUCAUAAUGAUAAAAAUGUGAAAAACUGUAACUUCACGAGCUAUAUGGUUGAUUCACAAUGAUAAAACCUUGUAAAUAUUCAGUUUAUAUUACAAAUGAUAAU